AGGAACGGGUAAAAUUUUGAGGAAAUGGUAAUUUGAAAGAUGAGUUUAUUUUUAUUUAAUUUUUAAAUAUGCCUGUUUUUGUUAGACUGUCGAGAACACAUGAUGCCAGGAUACGAUACCAUAAAAUCUGACAUUUCUUUAAAAUACUGCCAUGCAUAUAGAACUCCUCGUUUUCGUGACUCUGAUUGCCGUGUCAGCGGCACAUGUACCUUGGAGAGGCGGUGUGGGAAGAAAAUAUGGAGUUAGACCAUACGGAUAUCGCCCGAUGGCUUAUGGCUAUGGACGAAGAGGCUAUGGUAGAAUAGGAUAUUUUGAUGAUUACGACGGGUUUUCUGAUGAGUACUUUGACGAUGACUUCUACGAUUUAGAUGGUUAUGAUGACGAUUACGGCAGAUACAUGGGGUUUUAUGGGUCAUACCGACGAGGUCCGUCAAAAUAUCCCUCAAAAUACAGACCACCUCUCUUCAAGAAACGGGGACCAAUACGUAAAUGGCGACCGAGAUACAAGUCACCAAAACCGAGGUUACCCAAAUGGCGACCAAGAAUCAAAUCACCAAAAUGGCGACCACCGAUGAAGUAUCCAAAAAGGCGCCCACCGAUGAAGUAUCCCAUAUGGCGGCCACGAAUUAGGUACCCCAAAUGGCGCCCACCGAUUAAGACUCCAAAAUGGCGUCCACGUCCAAAGAAACCAUUGCCGAUGCCAUAUCGAAGAAAGUACUAGAACAAUACAACAUUUGUUGAAAAGAUAUCUUAAAGUGAUGAGUCUUGUUGUUGCUUGUAGAUCUGAACUGAUUUGUUUAAACUAGGUAGGAAUAAUGCAGUUGAUAUAAUCAUAAUUUCCUUUUUCACAGAAAUCUCAUCAACUGAAAUAAAACAAAUUUAAGUAGUUUUUAAGCCCAUCGGACCAGAUGUGUUUAAUUGUUAAAUAGAGUGUGUAAUUAUGUUUAUAUGCUCUCACAAGUCACGUUAAUAAACACAUUUCUUAUCUUA